UGUUUCAAGCUAAGAAAUAUAUGACAAUAAAUUUUUAAAGAAAUUAUAUAAUACUACAUCAUAGACAUUAUAAAAUUUUGAACUAACCAAAAAUGCUUAUGCAAUUUUUAAGCUAAAAGGAAGUUCUAAAAGCAUGUGUUUAUAACUUAUUAUUACACAGAAUUUCUGAAUGAAUGUUUGGAUUAUAAUAACAUUAACAAUUUGAUGAUGGAUGAAUCUUUAGUAGUAGUUGCAAUAGAUUUUGGAACUGUUCACCUUGGAUAUACAUUUCUUCUUAAAGGCAGCAAAGAGUUUUACAGUUGUUGUAUAGAUGGAACCAGUGAAAGGAUACCUAACAUUGUACUAGUAAGUCCAGGAGAUACUGUCGAUUAUCUAGGGGAAAAUGCUAAGAAGAAAUACGUUAGUCUUCUACAGAAUGGUUCAGCUAAUAACUGGUCCCUUUUUGAGGGAUAUAAAGUAAGUUUACAUAAAUCCAGACUAACUCGUGAUCUACAAAUAUCAGAUGUUAGAGGGCAUAAACGGUCAGCACUGCUUGUCAUUGGAAAGACAAUCAAGUUCUUAAAGCAGGAGGCAGAAAAAAGUAUACGGAAAGUAAUGACUAACAUUCAAUCUCAAAACAUCAAAUGGGUCUUAACUGUACCUGCGCUUUGGUCAGACUGUGCCAAACAGUUUAUGAGAGAGGCUGCAAGUUUAGCCGGAAUAGAAAGAAACCGGCUGAUGCUUGUUCUUGAACCAGAAGCUGCUUCACUUUACUGUCUCGAUAAACCAGUUAAUGUUGUCCAAAAUGAUGAUAACAUGGCUACGAGUGUAGCUUUACUUACCCGACAGAAGUAUAUUUUAGCCGAUAUCGGCGGUGGAACUACAGAUAUCUGUAUCCAUGAGGUGCUGAUAGCACAUUCGCUGAGAGAAAUCCAUAGAUCCACAGGGGAUAUAAAAGGCGGGAUGAACAUAAACGAAGAUUUUAUCCAGCUUAUAAAAAAUAUUGUCGGCACACAUGCCUGGAUGAAGUUCAAAAAUGAAAGUCCUGAAUACUUUGAGUUAAUGAAUGAUUUUGAGUUAAAAAAGAGACAAUUUUCAAUUCCAAUGGAACUAAUGAAAGAGUUCAUACAAUUAAAACAGGAUCAUGUGACGUGUAGAAAGGCAUUCAAUACAAAAACUGAAAAUAUUCCAACCAUGCAGGAACAUGACACUGCUAUAAGACUUCCAUAUGAUCUAAAGGACAUUGUACAGACAGAGUGUAAGACUAGUUUUGAAGAACUUCUCAAGGUUAGUGACUACAGUGAUGGUCUUCGGUUUUUCAAGGACAAACUAAUAAUUAAGCCUGCUGUAAUGCUAGAAUUGUUUGAAUCCACCCUUCAAAGUAUACUCCAUCACUUGAGAGACUUGUACCAGCAAAUGAAAAAUAAAGGAGAGGACAUAAAUGUUAUCAUGUUUGUUGGUGGGUUCUCGGAGUCAAAAUACUUUCAGGAGCGUGUCAAGUUGGAGAUCAGCAGCCUUGGACUGCAGGUCGUCAUUCCAGGAAAUGGAAGUCUAGCAGUUCUAAAGGGCGCAGCAAUUAUGGGUUUUUUCACCCAGGUGACAUAG